UGUAUGCAGAACAACAAACCAUUUCAUGGCGUAUUUGAUAUACCUGUUGUCACUCUUGGAGCUAAUUGCUGCAAAGCCCUGACAGCUUGUAAAGGUUGGACUUGUAUGAUGGAGUCAGCAGAGAUUACCCAGUGUUGGUGAAAAACUGCAUAAAACCAGCCUCAAUAUCUAGUGACUUCAAGUGCCAUAUUACUCAGAUUAUUGUACCCCUUUUCAGUACUUUUUUGCACUCAAUUUAUGCAGAGGAGUAUCUGAAUUGAAUAGGUUAUUACUUGUUACAUAAAUAAUACAGUUAUGUGUCUUAUUGUUAGAAAGUGAAUGUUAUGAAGGAGUGUUUUUAUAGAAAAACUUCAAAACCUUACCUUUAAUUUGUUGUCAAAAUAAGUGUAAUAUCUGUACAAACUUAAAAUACCAUGUUGUAUGUAUACAUUGUGUUGGUCUUGUCAGUGCUUUGGCUGGAACUUAUUUCCCUGAGCCAGUGUGUACUUUAUGACAGGUUGCAGACUUUUCUAAUUUUGGUGCCCAUUUAUUCACAACACGACUGUAUUUGACUGGUUGUUACUUACUACAUGGGUGAAGAUAUAACUACAAUGCCUGUCUGAUUGAUUUAUUACUUGUACUAUUUGACUGAUGUUCUUCCGUCUCUGACUGGUUAAUUACCCUGCCUGUCUGACUUGUUUGUUGCUCAGACUGACUGGUUGGUUUAUUGCCCUGACAGUCUGGCUGGUUCGUUGCCUUGACUUUGACUGGUUCUUGGUUAUAGGGUAUGCAUGUUGGAGUACCCCACACAGGAAGAGGCGGAGGAGAUAGUACAGUACAGUGAAAAGUUCCAGGCCCGUAUCGGCAACAGUAACCUAAAACUGACAAUACUUGGCCAGACUAAGAUACCGUCAGGCAAUGAGAUGACACCUGUUGAGCCAGCAGUACAGGCGAAGUCUGACAAGGGGUAUCCACAUAGUGAUACAGGGAGCACUAGAACUAAAACACUCACUGAGUUCAAAUCUGCUCAAGUUAAACAAACAGUGAAGCCAAAGUAUAACAAGAACGAUUCUGUGAAGGCUGACAGCUCAACCAAAUUAGUCCCUAAAAAAGUUGAUACUAAGGUGACUAAAGUAUCAGAAAAGGAGAAAAAUGAUCCAAAGAAAGUCAGCAAGAGUACUGAUUCAGGAAAGAGGACUUCCGUGAAAGAAAGUGGGAAGGACAAGAAGGCUCACAGAAAAGAGAAACUGUCAGAUAGUUCAAAGAAGAGCAACAGUAAAGAUGACUUCAAUAGGGGGAACAACAAAACUAGGAGGGACUCAAAACAAAGUGGCUCAACCUCUAGAAGGUCAGAGCGGUGGAGCCCAGGUCGAUCAUCCAGAAGUCACAGGUCAACUUCUAGCUCUCGAAAAUCCCAGGAGUCAAGGUCUUCAGAUAAGAAGAAAGUCAGUAGCUCGAGUGAAAAGGGCAGGAGUUCCAGUAAAAGUGUAGACAAGCCAAAGCACAAGGACACCAAGCCACAGACUGAUGGUAAAAAAACAGACUUGAAUGUAACUGGUAAGAAAGUUUCUGAGAAUCAAGGUCGACAGAAAACUAAUGCGACAUCUGGAGAAAAGAAAAAAAGUGGUACUAUCAUUCCGGUUCAGCUAGGCAGAACAGGUAAUGCUGCUAAACGUCCCAUGGAGACCAGUGUCAAUAUCAACAGGUCUGACAAGCGCAGUAGGUUUGAUGUGCCCACUACAGGUCCUGGGCCAGUGGGGCCAUACCCCAUCGGGAUGAACCCAGGUUCAGGUGGACCCAUGAUGAGAGGGAACUUCCCACAGCAACAGCCUCAUGUGGUGAGACCCCCUGUUCCACCCAACAUGAUGAAUCUGGGGAUGGGAAGGAUGCCCAGCCAGAACUUUUCACCACAGAACAUGAUGAUGGGACAGUCCCAGCCCAUGACCCAAUCUGUGUCCCAACCGAUGCCCCAACCUGUGUCCCAACCAAUGCCCCAACCUGUGUCCCAACCUGGAAUGAACACCAAUAUGGGUCCUUCUGGGGUCCCCUGUACAGGAGCACCAGGCCUGGACCAGCCCAUGAUGGGACCAAUGUACAUGGGACCACGGCAGAUGAACCGACAACAACAGGGUUAUGUUAUGGACAACAGAAAUCCAUCAAACUGGCCCCCUAACAGAAAUUCUGGUAAUAUGGCCAACAACUGGGACAAGUCUGGUGGAGGUCGGGGAGAGUCUCCUGAAGAAAUCCAUAACCUGAGGGGGGAGCUGUUAAAACAGCUGCAAGUUCUUGAAACAGGGAAUGUGUCUGAUCCCUCAGACUUGUCUUACAUCGCUCAAAAACUGAAACAGGUGCAACAGUCUCGUAACCAAGGUGGGUUCACAGGCCCACAGCAGGGGGGCUUUCCGCGGGGUCCCCAGGGUAACCACCAGCAGCCCCAGACUGGACCGCAGCAGAAUGUGCAGGGUAGCUUCGAGAAUGCACCAAACAUAAAUCAGCAAGGAAAUUUUCCCAGCCAGCCAAACAUGCAACAACAACAGGCUGUAUACAGGGACUGGCCCAGUCAGUCAAGUGGAGCUGCGCCUCAAGGGGAUCCCAGCAACCAGUAUGGUUAUCAGAGCUACAGCAACAACAACCUGCAGUCCAGCAUGCCUUACGAAGGGAAGCAGAUGCAUGGAGAUAACAGUGGAAUGCGCCACCCUGGGGGAAUGGAUAGUUACAACAUAUCAAGAGGGUCUGGAAUGCCUGGGGGGAUGCCACCAUAUAAUUCAGACAGGGGUGUAGACAGAAGAGACAUUUCUGUAUCUCAGCUCAAAAAGUUAAAAACCAUUUGUGUACAGAAUCUACCAAAGCCCAUCAAUUACAUUGAAGUGAAAAAGUUUAUCCGUAAAGAAAUGGUCUCACGGAAUCUCUGUAAUCCCAAAGGACUUGCCAGUGAUCUAUGUUCAUGCAUCAAAGAAAGGCUACUCCAGUAUUGUGUUUGACACGGAGAUACGGCCAAUAACGCUUUACAGCUUGAUGGAAUCAACUUCCAAGGCCAUAUCCUAAAUAUCCGAAAAAAUGUGGCUUUGAUGUUUGACAUUCACCUGUCAUAAUACCAGGAUUGCAUUGUUCAUUCAACGUACCCCUUGUUAAUAUUUUGCAGAGCUCAAUCUGAUAAGUCUUUCAAAGAAUUUCUUGGAUUUUCUACAUUCUUUGUUUUGAUAUACACAUGUCCUCGUUCAGGUAAUGUUUUAAACAAAAUAUUUCUCUUACUAUUCAUUUAGCAUACCACCACCAAAUCAUAGGCAUAAUAUACAUUUUGUGUUGUUUACAAAUCUUCAUUUUCAAGGUUUGAUACAGAAUUUAUGUAACCGGAGUAUGGAAAUAUGUCAGGUAUCCCUCUGAAUGUACCCAUUGUUCCACUCCUCUUGAAGCUCGGACAUUCCAGUAUUAUUGUUGCUAAAAUCACACUAAUUCUGCAUCUGGUGCAGUAGAAAAAGAGGGUAAUAUGACAAGUGUACAUUCUGAUUUGUCUGAAAACUUAGGUUUAUAUGGAAUUUUGAUUGUACAUGCAAUAGACAUGCAAGUCCUCCAUUUUCUAACAUAGGACAUAUUUUGUGUGCUGUAAUGAUUUGCAUUUUAAAGUUACAUGUAACUGAAAGCUGUCAAGAUGGUUGUUCACUGUGACCUAACAUUUCAAAGAUGGAAGUGUAAUGUCUGAACCAGGUUGAUUGUUCUGUUUGAUUAAUUAAAUUAAUUUUUGUUUUAGAACUGGAAGUCCAGGGUACUACUGCAACAUCUGCAGUGAAAGUUUUAAAUGUAUUUUCUUGUCACAUUGAUUUAGCUUGAAGGAUUUGUCAAAAGUUAAACACACAGGUAAAAUUACGGACUGUGUAUUAUGCUUUCAUUCAAUGCUACAUGUAAAUUCAGUGUUCAAAGCUUUCUUGUUGAACGAUUUCCAUGCAAAGAGUUGUCCAAGAAAUUUACUGUUUUUUUUUUUUAAAAACUAGGAGUGAGCCAAGAUUUAAGUGUAUUUUCUCAUCAUAUUAAUUUAAAUUGAGGGAUAUGUCAAAAGCUAAAUAUAAAGAUAAGGUCACAAAGUCUUCAAUAUACUUUAAAUUGUAAGUAUCGUCUUAAAUGAAGUGUGCUUUAGUUGAAAGAAAAACGCAAAGCUUGUCCAUGAGUAAUUCUUAUGGAUUUUGUUUAGAUCAAGUACAUGUGUAUUCAUUUAUUAUCUGUUAUAGAAGUGUCUUAAAUAAGUUGAUAAUAA